AUGAACUCCAUCUUCGAAGAGUCCGCCAUCCCUGACUGGGACCCCCUCGACGACGACCCAACCUGUCCCAUCUGCCUCGAACACUACUCCCACAAACACGUCCGACUCCGCCUCGACACCUGCCAACACUCCCUCUGCCGCGAAUGUUUCGCCGAACUCCUCCGCGCCGCCGACACCAAAGACGAAGAACGCCUGAUCCGCUGUCCAUUCUGCCGCAAAUUCAUGAACAUCACCAUCAAAUUCGACAACGACAUCUUCAAGCACCUAAAGUUACGGACAUUGCCACUGGUAUUCCAUUCUGAUUUCGACACGCUUCCGGAUCAGACGUUCGCUCUCUAUCGGCCCCCAAGUCGAGGAUUCUCGCACGCGCUGCCGAACUCGGGGGUUUUUGGGAAUGUUGGGUCGAGGGGUGUGCAGUUGCAGGAUUUUGCGACUGUGGAGAUACGACAGACGGGGAAUUUUACGUCGACGAUGUUGACGCGCGAGAUGAGUGUUCAGUACUGUGAUCCGCUGUUUUUGGAGGAGACGAAUAUCUACGACCAUGACAUCGAGCCGAGACUGAAGCGCUUGCUGAAGUUGCUUAAACGUGCUGUUCCUAUUAAGAAAGGGGUUGGGCCGAGGAAGAUUGAGAGAGUGCCGGAUUUGCAGGUCGUGUGUUCGUCGAAGGAGAAGCGGAAUAUUGAUGGGUCGCCGACUUGGUACGAUGUCACGCUCUCACAGACUUUCGAGUCGAUGCGAGGGACCUCGAGAAGUGGAAACGAGGUUGUACUUGCGAGAUGGGUGACGGUGGUUAAUGAAUUCUGCAACUACGGCACGCCGAAAGGAAGGACAAGAGCAUCUAUGGCUACAGAGCCCUUGGCAAACUGGAAACACUUGUUCCGAGCACAGAUGGAGAUUCAGCGAGUGAUAGCGGCAGCACGUCGGAUAGAUCAUCCAUCGAACUUCGAAUGGCAUUUUGACGCACUACUCACCGAUUUCGGGAUCAUCACCUCAAAAACGCGAAUUGCGCUUGAUCCGCGAAAGGAUUAUCUCGACAUUCUAUACGAGUAUGGAAAGUUUACGUACUACCUCUCCCUUGCGAAGCAGCGAUUGCCUGGGAUCUUGUGUAAAAGAUACACGGACUUUGUGAGAUUCAAAACUACGAGGAAGUCCCCGUGGCCGGCUGUGGCGAAGUUUGGGGCUAUGAAGGGUGGGACUGCUUGGUUUAAGUAUGUUGAGCAGGUUAUCAGAACGAGCUUUUAG